AUGAGUACAGGCAUAUCACGAAGCCGUUUAAUGGAAGAAAGAAAACAAUGGAGAAAAGAUCAUCCUCAUGGUUUUUGGGCUCGACCGGGCAAGAAUCCAGAUAACUCGCUCGAUUUAAUGAAUUGGACUUGCGGUAUUCCAGGAAAAGAUGGAACUCCUUGGGAGAAAGCAACCUAUAAACUCACCAUGUCAUUUCCUGAAGGCAGGUUUUCACCACCACUCUUCCAUCCUAACGUUUAUCCUUCAGGCACCGUUUGCCUAUCGAUUUUAAAUGAAGACGAAGGAUGGAAACCCGCUAUCACAGUGAAGCAGAUUCUUCUUGGCGUGCAAGAUUUAUUAAAUGAUCCCAACCCUGAAAGCCCCGCCCAACAGGAAGCUUAUAUGUUGUUUAGAAAGGAUAAGAAAGAAUAUGAAAGAAGAGUGCGUCAACAAGCUGCUGAGAAUAGGACAUAGUAAACACGAUACGAUAUCGACGAACAUUUACAUAAUCAUUGAUCAUUGAAAAAGAAGGCAUGUUAUUUUUGAUCACAAUUUCUUGUGUAAUCGGUUGCAAAAGACAGUUUGGUCAAUAAAUUGAUUGCCCUGACCGAGCCCGUUU